GGCAGGGCGGUCAGCGGAGCUCGCUGGUACGAGUGUCCCGCAUCGGCUGCGCGCGGGUCCCGAGCGGCCGCGGCCAGCGCAGGCUUGGCGCCCAGUUCCCGUCUGCGUGUGGGGCUCCCGCGGCAGAGCCUGGCAGCUCCGCGUAGCACCAUGUCCAAGCCACCUCCCAAACCGGUCAAACCAGGGCAAGUUAAAGUCUUCAGAGCGCUGUAUACGUUUGAACCCAGGACUCCAGAUGAACUGUACUUUGAAGAAGGUGAUAUUAUCUACAUCACUGACAUGAGUGAUACCAGCUGGUGGAAAGGGACAUGCAAAGGCAGAACAGGACUGAUCCCAAGCAACUAUGUGGCUGAGCAGGCAGAAUCCAUUGACAAUCCAUUGCACGAGGCUGCAAAAAGAGGCAACGUGAGCUGGUUGAGGGAGUGCUUGGACAACCGAGUGGGUGUGAACGGCCUGGACAAAGCUGGAAGCACAGCCCUGUACUGGGCCUGCCACGGGGGCCACAAAGACAUAGUGGAGGUUCUGUUUACUCAGCCGAAUGUGGAGCUGAACCAGCAGAACAAGCUGGGAGACACAGCUCUGCACGCGGCUGCCUGGAAGGGUUAUGCAGACAUUGUCCAGUUGCUACUGGCAAAAGGUGCAAGGACAGACUUGAGAAACAAUGAGAAGAAGCUGGCCUUGGACAUGGCCACCAAUGCUGCCUGUGCCUCACUCCUGAAAAAGAAGCAGGGAACAGAUGGGGUGCGAACGUCAAGCAACGCCGAGGACUACCUUGACGACGAAGACUCAGACUGAUUCCUCCUGGCACUGCUUUGAUGCCUAAACUUCUUUUGCUUUUGCCAUUCCAAAACCUUGGUUGUUUUGCCGGAAGAGUAUUGCUAACCAUUCUUUUAAAGCCUGUCUGAACGUGGCACUGUUGGCCCUGCCCGUCUGUGAUGGGACAGCGUGGUGUGGGCGAUUCUCACCUGCGGCUGGCCAAUAAGCAAUGCUGUAUAAAAUGCAUAUAUGUUCAUCAGUAUAGAACAAGAAAAGAUUAUGUCUAUUUAUCAAGCUAAAGGAAUUUAAUAAUUUUUUUCUUUAAAAAAAAUCAGGAUUUUUUUAAAAAGUUCUUUACCUCAAGGAACAAGAUGUUUUGAGUGGGUUUUUCAAGGGGGAAAUGCUUAGUAAAACAAUAGACCAAACUCUCAAUAGAAUAUUGUCAGCUCUUCUGACAAAAAUAAAUGUUUAAAGAGACUUUAUUAUUUGUUUUUGUGCUAUCACUCAUCGCUGUUGAAUAAAGCUUUUGUACUCAGGUAAGAA